UCGAGCCCGACACUCCCGCCCACCCGCAGGAUGGCCCACAAGCAGAUCUACUAUUCGGACAAGUACUUCGACGAACACUACGAGUACCGGCAUGUCAUGUUACCCAGAGAACUUUCCAAACAAGUCCCGAAAACCCAUCUGAUGUCGGAAGAGGAGUGGAGGAGACUUGGCGUCCAACAGAGUCUAGGCUGGGUUCACUACAUGAUUCAUGAGCCAGAACCACAUAUACUUCUCUUUUGACGACCUCUUCCAAAAGAGCAACAAAAAUGA